CUCUUCGUAUCAGUACGAAUCACGGCUGGCGGCACUCCAGGAGAGAGUGCGCCAGCGGGAGCUGGCUCGGGCACAGGAGGACCCAGCAGGUGGCGCAAGCGGUAAUGGGCUAGGCUGAGCCCGAGCGCCGCCCUGCUGGGCCGAGUCGUUAGUCACGUGACUGGUCCGCCUCGGCGUGCUUCUUCUUCUUCUUCCCUCCGAUCUGCGCCCUCCCCGGGCAGGUGGCCACCCUGGCGAACGCGAACGCAGACAAGGCGCACGACUCCAAGCAGGACGCGACGUGGGCGCUGCAGCUGGCGCUCUACGAGGCGUCCAUCCACCCGCACCGGACAGGGCCCUUGAAGCUGGAGACCUUCCCGACGAAGGUCUUCCUCUCGGAGAUACCCAAGGGGACGACUUCUUCGGACAUCCAGGCACUGUUCAGGGGCGGCGACGUCGGUGAGAUCCACUACCAGCUCGAGCCGAACGGCGAAUGGCAGGGGCGCACCACCGUGACCUUCUCCUCGCAGGCCGACCGCGACGGCGCCAUGUCCGCCGUGGCGCGGUUUCCGUUCCUCCACGUGGGCCCGAUGCGGGACUGGGCAGCCCGCUCCGACGUGGACCGGAUGCAGGCCGAGCUCGCAGCCUACUUCUCGCGGGGCGGAGGCCGAGUGAAGAACUGCCGCGUCUUCUACUCGCGCGCGUCGCACCAGGUGGUCGCCCAGCUCAACUGCCACCCGGUCACGGCGAGGGCCAUCCUGACCGCGGAGGAGCCGCACCGCUUCGCCACGCACAGGUCGCCCUUCGACGUGCGCCUGUCCGAGGACGAGCACUCUAAGAGGCGCUGCAUCGUCCCAAUUGGCGGCGGCCAGUUCCUCGCCAAGGUGCAGUGAGCCGAGCGGUGCCGUCGACGCUGCCGCUCGGCCCUGCUGGCCAGAUGGGCGUCUCGUGCUGGUCCGCCUCGGUGGAGGGGAGGAGGAGG